AUGCAGGGAGCCCGCAGGCUGGCAGUAACAGCCCUGGUGUUUCUUCUGGCUCUUUCUAUCCUGGGAAACUGCAGUGGUGCUCCGCAGAGACUAUUUGAGAGAAGGAACUGGACUCCCCAAGCUAUGCUCUAUCUGAAGGGGGCCCAGGGGCGCCGCUUCAUCUCUGACCACAGCCGCAGGAAGGACCUCGCGGACAGGAUGCCGCCAGAAAGACGAAACCCAAGUCUCCAGCUAAUGACUCUCCCCGAGGCAGCAGCCCUGGUGCUGGCUUCCUGGCAGAAACCAGAAGCAGACAGAGAAGAAAAUUUUGAUCAAGGCAGACUCCUGGAAGACAGUCUGCUGGGCUGGUGAAAACAUACCAGCCCACAUUCAAGUACAGUUCUGUUCAUGUUGAAGCCACAAACCAUGAGAAUAAAACCCAUGGACCAUUCUUACUACACUUGUAACCUUAGACACCUGUACCACUAGUGUACGCUUUCAGAAGCAAUUCAGAAUUCUUGGCUAAGAACACCAUCACCUCUUCCGCUGCCUUCGUUCAAGUGAGCUGUGUCUUAUGUACCCUUGGAUGUUAUAGAGCACUUCUAAUGAGAAGGCCGACAGCUCUGAAAUGUCCGUCCCUCUCCCUACAGUCAGGCCCUGUCUUGAUCCUUUCCCAUCACCCACUUGCCCUUCGCUGCCGCUCAGUGUCGAUUCUGUUUCCCUCUUUCUCGUCCCCAAUGGAGUUGUGGUCAUGUGGAAUGGAAAGGGUCGUGUGGCUCUUUGCAGCUCAUCCAGGUGAGGUCAGCUCAGAAGAGAAGUGGGAAGAGGAUAUCUGGGAUAAAGUUCCUGGGAAAACACUUUUGUGUCGCUGCUGAGAGAGGGGACCCCUUCCAUGAAGCUGAAGCUUGGUGAAGACCCAGAGCUCGUGGCUCCCUUAAGCUCCUAAAGGAUCUAACUGAAUUCCAUUUAGAAACUUGGAUCUUAACAUCCUGGGACAUAAGCAGAUGUUGAUGUAGCUUGCUAGACUAUAUGGUUUGCAAAGGGAACAAAGUGGGUGUUCAGAGGUUACCCAUUUUCAUAGGCUGGACAGGUUCAGUGGAAUGCACUCCUCUGCUUACCUUAAAUGCCUAGAGCGCUAGACUUUACUUGACAUCAUAAGUUUACAUGAAGGCACUCUGAUAACACAAGUGUAUGCCAUUUGUAUCAUUUAUUCCUUUGCAGAGUCAACUUGGGUUUAAUAUUAUCUGAACACACUCAUACAUGCACACACACACACACAUACACACACACAUACACACACCCCUGCAGCAAGAAAAAUAGAUUAUUUGGAAUUAUGACAUGAUCACCAUGGUAUGUCUGACUUAAUCAUUCAGAGUUAUCAAGAGCAAGCAUUCUAAGUGAAAAAUGCUGAUUAUUAUUGCCAUCAGCACACAUAUGUUACUUUGUGGUCAUAAAACAUUUUUAUGUGAAUGUCCCUUCAAUCUGGAAUUCCAGUUUCACAGUGUUGAGUA